UCGCUGCCUUGGAAACGCCACACAUGCGGAGCACGAACUGGGGACCCAGAUUUCAGAGGCUUCUUCCUCCACUCUUCUCCAUCCAUUCCUCCCAUCAGCAGUCAACUGGGCGGCUGUGCCACCACUGAUAUGGACCCGCGGAAAUGCAGACAAGGCUGAAAAAGACAGAGUGAAAAAGAAGAAAAUAACUUGAAGCGGCGCACAGGCAGGUAAACCAUGCCCUUGGUAAAACGCAGUAUAGAGCCUAGACAUCUGUGUCGAGGUGCAGUACCUGAUGGAGUCACCAGUGAACUGGAGUGUGUUACCAAUAGCACCCUCGCUGCCAUCAUCAAACAGCUUGGUAGCCUCAGUCGUCAUGCGGAGGACAUCUUUGGAGAGCUGUUCAAUGAAGCCAAUAGCUUCUACAUGAGAAUGAACAACCUACAGGAGAGAGUAGACAUACUGGCUGUCAAAGUCACACAGCUAGACUCCACCGUGGAAGAAGUCUCUCUGCAGGACAUCAACAUGCGUAAAGCGUUUAAGAGCAGCACCAUCCAAGACCAACAGGUGGUCUCACGGACCUCAGUCCCCAACCCUGUGGUAGAGAUGUACCAUCGCUGUGACAAACCUCCACCGCUAAACAUACUCAGUACCUAUAGGGAUGAUAAGAAGGAUGCGUUGAAGUUCUACACAGACCCCUCCUACUUCUUCAUGCUGUGGAAAGAAAAGAUGCUGCAGGCCACGGAGGACAAGAGGAAGGAGAAGAGACGACAGAAGACCAGCUGUCCGACCCACUCUGACCAGGGUAGACCUCACAGCAGACAGGCUCCACCUCGCAGCCCACUACCCAGCUCCGAGCAGCACAAACAGGUAGAGGACCCGGGAAGGGAGGUGAAGAAGGUUCGUAAAGCCCGUAAUCGCAGACAGGAGUGGAAUAUGAUGGCUUAUGACAAGGAGUUCCGCCCCGAUACCAGACUAACCCCCUCACCCUAUCACGGAAUGUCCUCCGAGGGGUCGCUAUCACCCGAUAACAGGUCUGUGGCAUCAGACAUGGGCGAGCUCUCCUACCCGUCCAGCCCUAACCACCCCUCCCAGCCCCCCUCCGCCCCCCAUCCCAUCGACGGUGUCCCCCACCUCACCCAGACACCACAGACCCAGUCCUUAGACAGGGGUGGGUACCCCCGACCUAAUCUCCCCUCUGGUGUAGUCGCUGGGGGAAGACAUAUCGCCUCUCUGGGGCGCACUCAGCUCCCCCACGCACCCUCUGAGGGGGGAGCACUCAAUGGGCCACGGCAGCAGUCUGUCAAGGACUACAGGGCAUAUGGCGGCCAGCCAUCAGCCAUCCCCGAGUACCUCACCCCCCCUGCCCCUCCCCCUCCCCCACCCCUCAUCCCGUCCACCCAGACUGCCUUCGACUCCACCUCCUCCUCCUCCCAUUCUCCCCCCGGGGCCGUGGCGGUCAUGUCCCGCCCUUACAAUCCCUCCCCUACUCCCCCUGCCCCUGUCAACUAUGUCCCCUCCCCCUCUCACACCCCUCCGGUGCCCCUCCCGCUGCCCCCCCCCUCCUCCCCCACCUGGUCUACCCCCUCCCAUAUCCUGCCUCUGGCUCACGCCAUUGGUGGAGAAGCUCCUGCCACUAGGAAGGGCCAGAUGCCGAUGAUUCCGAUAAGCGACGCUCGCAGCGACCUGUUGGCUGCCAUACGUAGAGGUAUCCAGUUGAGGAAGGUCCAGGAACAGAGAGAGCAGGAAGCAAAGAGAGAGCCAGUUGGAAACGACGUGGCCACCAUCCUAUCACGUCGCAUCGCCGUUGAGUACAGUGAAUCAGAUUCCGACUCCGGCGGGGAGGACAACGGGGAGUGGUCCGACUGAAAUGGGUCAGGGGUCAAUAGGUUAAAGGGGACAAGUGGAGGUGCUUGUGAGGAAAGGGUGUUCAAAACUUUAUUCAAAAUUAUUGAAUUCAAUUUCUGUUGCCCACCACACACAUAUAGACUUUAAAGGGAUAGACCAACCACCAACCUACCUAACUCCCCCACUCUAGCACAUUGUUGUGUGCUUGAGUAGUAUUGCUAAACACACUACAUGACUUCUACUCAAGCACUAUAACACAAUCAAUGAAGCAAUGCUAUAGUAGAGGACUACAGUACAUACCCGUGUGCAGUUGUGGCCAAAAGUUUGGGAAUGACACAUAUUAACUUUCACAAAGUCUGCUGCCUCAGUUUGUAUGAUGGCAAUUUGCAUAUACUCCAGAAUGUUAUGAAGCGUGAUCAGAUGAUUUGCAAUUAAUUGCAAAGUCCCUCUUUGCCAUGCAAAUGAACUGAAAAAAACAUUUCCACUGCAUUUCAGCCCUGCCACAAAAGGACCAGCUGACAUGUCAGUGACUCUCUCGUUAACACAGGUGUGAGUGUUGAUGAGGACAAGGCUGGAGAUCACUCUGUCAUGCUGAUUGAGUUUGAAUAACUGACUGGAAGCUUCAAAAGGAGGGUGGUGCUUGGAUUCAUUGUUCUUCCUCUGUCAACCAUGGUUACCUGCAAGGAAACACGUGCCGUCAUCAUUGCUUUGCUCAAAAAGGGCUUCACAGGCAAGGAUGCUGCUGCCAGUAAGAUUGCACCUAAAUAAACCAUUUAUCGGAACUUCAAGGAGAGCGGGUCAAUUGUUGUGAAGAAGGCUUCAGAGCGCCCAAGAAAGUCCAGCAAGCACCAGGACCGUCUCCUAAAGUUGAUUCAGCUGUGGGAUCGGGGCACCACCAGUACAGAGCUUGCUCAGGAAUGGCAGCAGGCAGGUGUGAGUCCAUCUGCACGCACAGUGAGGCAAGGACUUUUGGAGGAUGGCCUGGUGUCAAGAAGGGCAGCAAAGAAGCCACUUCUCUCCUAGAAAAACAUCAGGGACAGACUGAUAUUCUGCAAAAGGUACAGGGAUUGGACUGCUGAGGCCUGGGGUAAAGUCAUUUUCUCUGAUGAAUCCCCUUUCCGAUUGUUUGGGGCAUCCGGAAAAAAAGCUUGUCCGGGGAAGGCAAGAUCAGCGCUACCAUCAGUCCUGUGUCAUUCCAACAGUAAAGCAUCCUGAGACCAUUCAUGUGUGAGGUUGCUUCUCAGCCAAGGGAGUGGUCUCACUCACAAUUUUGCCUAAGAACACAGCCAUGAAUAAAGAAUGGUAUCAACACAUCCUCCGAGAGCAACUUCUCCCAACCAUCCAGGAACAGUUUGGUGACGAACAAUGCCUUUUCCAGCAUGAUGGAGCACCUUACCACAAGGGAAAAGCGAAAAUGAAGUGGCUCAGGGAACAAAACAUCGAUAUUUUGGGUCCAUGGCCAGGAAAAUCCCCAGACCUUAAUCUCCUUGAGAACUUGUGGUCAAUCCUCAAGAGGUGGGUGGACAAACAAAAACCCACAAAUUCUGACAAACUCCAAGCAUUGAUUUAUGCAAGAAUGGGCUGCCAUCAUUCAGGAUGUGGCCCGGAAGUUAAUUGACAGCAUGCCAGGAUGAAUUGCAGAGGUCUUGAAAAAGGAGGGUCAACACUGCAAAUAUUGACUCUUUGCAUCAACUUCAUGUAAUUGUCAAUAAAAGCCUUUGACACUUAUGAAAUGCUUGUAAUUAUACUUCAGUAUUCAAUAGUAACAUCUGACAAAAAUAUCUAAAGACACUGAAGCAGCAGACUUUGUGAAAAUUUAUAUUUGUCAUUCUCAAAACUUGUGGCCAUAACUGUACAGUACAACACUACAAAAAGCUAGAACUCAACUUCCCUUUGCUUAAGUCAACUAAAUGAAAUGGUCCGAAAUGGAGGGAAGGGAUUCAUUGUAAAUACAUAGAGGAGCACAAGUGAGAUAAAAGGUGAGUGACACAUUCACGUUUUAUUUAGUUAUUCAUUCAAGUUAUUUAUUUUAUAUGGCACAUAAAUAUGCAAUUAUGUACCCACAGCAACUAACACUAAGCAUCAGAAAGUUCAGAUAGUUGCACUUGAUAACGCUAAUUCUAGAAGACAGACAGACAAUGUUCUGGUGAAUUGUCACUGCAACACAUGGGGGGGGUGACGCACCCUGGAAUACCAUAGUGUGUGAAACUGCAUAGGAUCCCUCUUAACAACUCAACACCACCCACCUCUUCUCCACGUGUAAACAACAACAAACUCAUAAAAUAAAACCCUGCUCAUAAAAGAAAAUACCAGUGUGCAGUGCUUUUAAAUAUGGCUUUACACUUUAACACAAGUUUUAAAAUGAAUGUUUUAAGAUAAUAAUAACACUAUAUAGGUUUGUAUCAGCAACAAUUACUCUGUAUUGGAGUGAACGGACAUACUAGUUCAGUAUGAUGCAGUGAGUUAAUGUAUUUUCAAGAGCACAUUUUUUCAGGGCAUGUGGAAUUGUGGGUAAUGAAUUGUGUGUAAUAAUCAGUCUCAAUAUUAGACAAGGUUCAUUAUAUCUAUACUCAAGUCUCCGCUUUGUGUUUGCUGUAUGAAGUAGCAUUGUACAGCUGCCUAGCUAACUCAUAUAACGUUACUCACGUCGGCUCAACAACGUUUAAACAACCAUUCAAACCUUUGCAGACUUUAUUUGUCUGUUAAUUCUGUAUUUGCUCAGUGGUUUUAGUGCAGGGGUAUCAAACUCCUGGCCCACGAGACAAAUGUGCCCCCCGAAAUGAUUUAAUGUGGCCCCUAGGGCAAAAUGAGUUUGUAACCAAAGGGAUGAUCCCUGAUCAUAAGGCUUUUAAUAAGUACAGGUUUUAAAAUGACGAAAGAAAGACAUUGAGAAAAGACACGCAUUGAAAAUACUUUAUUUUGUGUUGUUUCAACGUGAUACAGGAUAAGAAGCUAAUUAAAAGGGACAUUGCACCUUUAAAAUAUAUCCCAACUGAACAUAAAUACAGUAUGAGUAAGUUGAAUCAUAAACACUGAUCUAAUGUCAGUUUUGUGGUUUACUCCUAAUGGUAAGGGUUGGGGAGGCUAUGCUGAUCCUAGAUCUUUAACUAUUGACAACUUCUAUCCUCAAUAUACAGUACAUAAGAACAGCUGGAAUGUGAUAACAAAACAAAUAGCAGCAAACAUUGUAGUUUCAUGACAACAAAGUUAUAAUUUGCAUUCUAAACUAGAAUGUCUUGGAACUAUUAGUGCCAACAUGGUAAAUAUACAACUUCUAAGGCUCAGCCUCAAAUUAUACCAUAUUCUCCAUGGAGUGCACUACUUUUGAUGAAAUACUACUUUGUACUAAAAGUAUUGCACUAGCAUAUAUGGAGAAUAGGGUGUCAUUAGUAGCCGAAGUCAAUUUAACUUAGUGUCUCUCAAGCUGUAUAUAACUAACAUUCUGUGUUUUAAAUGAAAUUGUAUAGAAUUUUGGUAAGAAACUGCUUGUAAAGAAUUUGGGUAUCUAGAUAGAGAAUUUCUGUAUUACACGAAACAAACUGUAGGCAAAGUAUGCAUGUAUUAAUAGCUAAUAAUAAAUGUGAAGA